CGCAGGUAAACAGAAAGAUUAAUGUGAUCCUGGCGGCAGAUGGGGCGAGAUUGUCGGGAUGGAUGUGACAAGUUUUGAAAUGAUUUAUGAUAUGUCAAUAUUAAAUUCGCUUCCGCAAUAUUGUUAAAUACUCCGUACUGUAUAUGUUAUGAAAAAUAUUACUGAGAUUAAUAAAGUGUGUUUGAAAAGUUUUAAAUUUAACGAUUACCAAGUUAAAUACUUUAGUCCGAAUGGGGCUGCAGACCUGGACGGAUUAGGGUGUUACAGUGAUCACCACAGGAAUCAACGCAACAGAAAUCAUAUUACUUCUUCUAUUAUGAUGAAAAGAAUAAGAUUCACAUACCACUUCCGGAACCCACACAAAUCCAACCAAGGUGGUCAAAGAAAGCGAUCCCGCACCGGCAAGAACGUCGCUUCCUCCUCGACUCCUUCUCCACCACCGGUGCACAAGUACCUCGACGGGUCGUUCCUUUGGUUCAACGACCACGCAAAGGCGUUGCGGUUCUCGGAGAAGUUUGAGCACCGGGAAAUUCUCCCCCCCCCCCAGUUCUCCCCCGCCCGCUUCAUUCACAAUUCCAUUCCACACGAGGCAAGGGUUAUCCUCGAACGUGGAAACUUCCUCGACCUCCUCCACAUCAAGAAGGCUCACUAUCAACCGUUUCUUAUUCGAGCUUUCUACUCGAAUAUGAAAAAGGAUGAGGACGGAGCGUUGAUUUCAAACGUCAACGAGGUGGAUAUCUAUUUGAAUGAGGAGAACAUUCAAAUACUCACCGGACUUCAUCAAAAUGGAGAGGAUCUCGGCCACUACGUCGGAGAAGGAGGGGCACGGUUCAACGAAACCGCCCUCUUAGAGGAAGUGGGAAUCCGAAACUUCGUCCCCACUUCGCAACAGCGGCGCCCGACGAUCACUUCCAUGAAUCCCGUGUUUCGAUUCAUAUUUUAUGUUUUGACGCGGAUCCUCAAGCCAAGGAACGCAACCUCCGACGAUCAGACGCUUCCCUACGCCCUCUUCGUCAUGGUGAUUCUUGAUGAAUACCACAUCAAGACCGACAUUGGACCGAAGCAAAAAGGGACGAAGCAUUGGGAGAUUGAUGAAUCCUCCUUCCACUCGGGCACCGACGAAACUCUGUUUCGAACGCCUCGUCCACGACGCCAACCAAGGGAGGCCUCUUCCAACACCCCAUCUCUUGCCGAGCAAAUGGCCGCCUUGACCGCCACCCUUUAUCGGAUCGACACCAACGUCUCCCAAACGGCCCAAAACGUCAACAUUUUGAGCCGUGAGCUUCACGGGUAUUUUGACUUUGUCAACUACCCUUACGCUCAUAUGGUCCCUUACGUUCCUCUGCCAAACUUCGGGGGUGAACCAAGCGGGACAAAUGACGUUGGAAUUGAAGAUGGUUUAAUGUUGAGUGAAGAUGAAGUUCAAAAUUAUGCUUUGAUUGAGAUAGAGAUGCUGCUUAGAGCGCGUGGUAAGAGUCUUCGUGACUAUGAGGAAAUGCCUUUUCCAAACAUGGAUGCAACUUUGAUAUCCCAGCUUUCCCCAAAAAACACACAGGCACUGAAUAAGAACAACCCUCAAUCUCUCCUACUAGUAGACACCCCGGCGUCCGCCGCCACCGCGCUAACUGACGCACCCCUGACCUACUCAGACGCCCCUGUCCGCGCCUCACUGACGCACCCCUCAUUUAUCAAGAUGGCCGGCACCGGGAUGCACCCAUACCAACAGCAAUGGGCUCCAGCUCCACCUCCAGCCGCCGCACCACCACCUCCUCCGCCGCAUGCUCACGCUCUUCCUUCUCCAAUGCCUUUCAAUGACCCUAAUUAUCCCCUUACCGAAGAGGUGCGAACUGUAUUCAUAUCUGGGCUGCCGGAGGACGUGAAGGAGAGGGAGCUCCAGAACCUUCUUAGGUGGCUACCAGGUUAUGAAGCAUCUCAGGUUAAUUUCAAAGGUGAGCACCCCAUGGGUUUUGCGCUUUUCUCCAAUCAUCAGUUUGCGAUUGCAGCCAAAGACGCCCUUCAGGAUAUGGUUUUUGAUGCGGAGUCAAAAUCUGUACUGCACACUGAGAUGGCAAAGAAAAAUCUUUUUGUCAAAAGAGGAAUUGUUACCGAUGCAAAUGCUUAUGACCAGAGCAAACGGAUGCGAACCGUUGGUGAUUAUACACAUACGGGGUACUCCAGCCCCUCUCCUUUUCACCCUCCUCCACCAGCAUGGGGUCCACCAGUUUACAUGGCCCCACCGCCUCAACCCUAUGACCCAUAUGGUGGUUAUCAUGUUCCACCCGUGCCAAUGCAUGUUCCUGCUCCUGUGCAUGCAUCGCCAAGCAGCUAUGUGCCUGUUCAGAACAUGAAAGAUAACCCUCCUUGCAAUACACUCUUUAUUGGCAAUCUUGGAGAAAACAUAAUUGAGGAAGAAAUGAGGGGCCUUUUCACAGCGCAACCUGGUUUUAAGCAGAUGAAGAUAUUGAGACAGGACAGGCAUACUGUAUGUUUCAUCGAGUUUGAAGAUGUGCAGAAUGCUACCAAUGUGCACCAGACAUUGCAGGGUGCUGUAAUACCCAGUUCUGGCUCUGUUGGCAUGCGAAUUCAAUAUCCUUGCCCUAUCUAUCUCCCCCCUUGCCCCAACCCCAAAGUUCUUCCCAUAUUGAAUUCACUACUUGCAUUUGGUUUUUUUUGUCAAGAACUAUUGCACCCAUGGAGGGUUAACUUUGUUAGGCUCAUUAUGUAUGUUUUCGUGUGGAUGGCCAUGGUUUUCCUUAACUAUCUAGCUACAUAUUCAAAGAAUCCAUUUGGGAAAAGGAAGGACUUCAACAACAAUGCACCUGCUGCAAAUGGAGCUCCACCCAUGACAUACUAGUAGUGCUGGAAGGGGAUGUAUUUUGUUCUCUAUGUUAUGACAAAUUCAAAUCCUUGCAUGAUAGGAUGCAUCAAUCAUGUCAGCUGUUUCAUGUCAUCAAGUCAUCAGCAUAAGCAUCUCUUCUUAUUUGUGAAUGAAUGCACCCCGUGGCAUCAUGAACAUUUUAUAAUUUAUCCAGAGCAUGCAUUUGAAGCAGUGGCAUCCUGAGAAAAAGCUAACUACAUUGAGUUCAUGUUUUUUGAUUACAUAUCAUGGGCACGCGUAUCAGUUUGCUUUUCAUACUCUAUGAUGUUAGAUGUCAUGGAUGCUUCUUUGUUAGCUAUUGCUGUCUUUCAUAACAUUUUUUCCUGUCCACUUUCUAGUUUGGUCGGACAAGUAACAUGUUAUUCCAUAAUUCCCUCAAAACGAUUCUACUGAAGCAUUAUUAACAUAACAUGGCACGAUUUGAAUAGAAACCCACACCACUAUGUUUUACCAAUAGAGUUAUAUUAUUUCUACCAUGAUUGACUACCUCGGAAGUUAUCAUCUGCAUGAUUAUGAUUAGCAACUGUCUAGAAACCUUUAUCAUGGUCAUCAUCAGCAAAUGAGUUGCAUUUCUAUGCCAUUAUGUUCAUUGAUAGGGUUGGUUCUAUAUACCACCAUUGGUUCAAAUAUAAGGGACUGGAGAGAAUCUCUAGUUAAUGUUUGUUUUGCAGGUUCUGUUCACUAUAGGACCUUCAGCCGAGCCAGCAAAGCAAAUUCUUCCAUCAGGUAUAUCAAUUUUCUCUUGUUUUUUCUUUGAAGGAAUUAGGCUAGUUUUCAUUGGGUUUGUUUUUGGGGUAAAGUUUUUCUCCACUGCUGUCCACUAAUAAAUUUCUGUUCAGAAGUACACUGACGUAUCAUUCUCUAAUUGGAAAAUGUUUUUGGAGGGACAUUAUGUGCCACGUUUUAACUUCAAAUUAGGUGGACAGUCAACAUUGGCUUUGUGCUAGUGGAAUUUGACAAUAAUUGCUCAGUGCUUUUUUAUAGUAACUAAAACACUAAAAAUGAAUAUUACACCCUUUGUCCUGCUGGGAUUUUCUAGGGGUGGGCAAAAAACUGACAUGUAAUUGUUACCAAAAGUCCAAAACAGUCCAAUGUAGUACCAAACCGAAAAAGAGUAUUUUAAAUACAAUCACUAUAUUUUCAUCCUGAACCAGGACCGUACCAUUAAGAGUGGGUACAUGACCAGUCUAAUGUUCAAAACUGAAAAAUACCAGACCGUUUUAGUAGUGUUGUCUAUAAUUAGAAAUUUUUUUAUACAAACCCUAUGUCGAUUUAGACAAUUAGGCAUUUGCAAAUGGGCCAAAAAGUAUUUGUUUUACUUUCUUUAGUUGAAUGCUCAAAAACCCAAAUCAUGCUAUUGAUUAAGUUUAAGGAGAUCUACUGUACAGCUUUACUCACUCUCCAUAUAUCUCAACUUACACAGUCCCACGAUUCACACCAGCACUCAAUCUCGACUCUCUCCACUCUGUUUCUUGGGUCUUCCCUUCUUUUCUCUUCAAGGUUCAACAACAAAUGUCUUUCUUUACAGUUUCUAGUUCUCAUAAUAGCCAUUGUUAUGUCCAUGAUGUUUUCUUUGUAUCCUCACUUUCCUUCGUUCAAGGGUUCAGUUAUCAGAUUUUUUUAAAAAAAAAAAUUAAUAUAUGUGUAUGCUUUAUUGCUUAAGUUGAUGAGAUCUGCCUUUUCCUGGACAAUUGAUGGAUCAGGGGUUUUUUAAUAUGUUCAAGUCUAAGGUUUUUGUCUGUUUUGUAGAUGCGGUUGAUGUGUUGAAAUUUCUACUUCAAUUUUGAAUUUUCAAAUUCCUGUUCUUUGUAUAUUCAGAUUAUUGAAUGCCAAAUAUUGUUAGUUCAGUCGAUUAAGCUCCAAUUGAACUAUCUCAUGGCAAAUACUAUAUUCU